AAUUUCUUUUUACAUUGAUUCGACAAAUAUUAUUCCACAAUAUCAAAAUUUUGGAUGAUAUUUCGCAAUAUUUUAUAUUAUCAAUGGAGCAAGAUUCAAAAAGUGUUCUCUUCUAAGUUUGCAUUAUAAAGUCAAAAUAUAUAAACAAAUUGAAAGAGAAAUAUAAAUACCCACCAAUCUUAUUAGUUUUUUUUUUUCAUGUGAGUUUUUGGUGAAUCCCUGGAUAAGGAAGGUAGCAACUUGUGAAAGUAUCCCCCAGAGUUAGUCAUUAAGGAGAUAUGGAAGAGAAGGAUGAUAUAGCGAAGGAUGUCACAGAACUUAUUGGGAACACCCCUAUGGUAUAUCUCAACAAAAUUGUCGAAGGUUGUGCUGCUCAAAUCGCAGCCAAAUUGGAGACAAUGGAACCAUGCGCGAGUGUCAAAGACAGGAUUGCAUAUAGUAUGAUCAAAGAUGCCGAAGAUAAGGGCCUGAUUACCCCUGGCAAGUCUGUCCUCCUUGAGGUAACCAGUGGUAAUACUGGCAUUGGUCUGGCAUUUGUAGCUGCAGCUCGUGGCUACAAACUCGUGAUAGUGAUGCCAUCAUCGUAUAGUCUUGAGAGAAGGAUUGUUCUUAAAGCUUUGGGGGCUGAGUUAUACAUAACAGAUCCAGCCAAAGGUUUAGAUGGAUUGCUUCAGAAGGCACAAGAGAUUCUAGAUAGGACGCCAAACAGUCAUUUUUUUCGUCAGUUUGAGAAUCCUGCCAAUCCAAAGAUUCACUAUGAAACAACUGGACCAGAAAUAUGGAAGAGCACAGGAGGAAAAGUUGAUAUUUUCAUUGCAGGGAUUGGGACUGGAGGCACGGUGACGGGAGCAGGAAGGUUCCUUAAGGAGAAGAAUCCAGAAAUAAAGGUAUAUGGUGUAGAACCAGCUGAAAAUGCGAUUCUAAACGGAGGACAACUAGGGCCACAUAAAAUCCAAGGAAUUGGUGCUGGUUUCAUCCCAGCCGUCCUCGAUCAAAGCAUCCUGGAUGGAGUUCUUCAAGUAUCUAGUAAUGAAGCUAUUGAAAUGACAAAGGUUCUUGCAUUGAAAGAAGGCCUACUGGUAGGAAUAUCAUCAGGUGCUGCAGCUGCUGCAGCAGUACAAGUAGCAAAAAAGCCCGAAAAUGCUGGGAAACUUAUCGCGGUCAUCUUCCCUAGUUUCGGGGAGCGUUAUCUUUCCACUGUGCUGUUUGAUUCUAUUAGAGAAGAGGUGAUGAACAUGACUUUUGAGUAACUUUAUGCUUCUUUAAACUGAGGGAUACAUGUUAUUCCUAUUUGUUGUAACUUGAGGAAAGAUGCACUCAAGUGUAACAUCCUAAUAAAUCAGUGAAAUAUUAUUCGAAAUACAAACAUUUUUACCAUUUGAAUGGUGUAACCACUAUUUUUAUUUA